AGUCUGCGUGAUGAUUAUAAUCGGUGUAUAACAAAAUUUACUGUUAUUACUGUUUAACUAGUGGGCUAAGCCAUGAACUGUAAACACUAGAUAAGAGUUUAAACUCAUUUCCUUUCAGAACAAAUCGUAGUCUCCCUUCAUUUCCUAUUAAUAUCAAAGAUUGUUAACUAGUCAAUAUGGAUGGGACCUGGGUGCUUAUCUUGCUGGCUCUGGUGAUGCUGGUGGGCUCGUACGUAGCUGGGAGUAUACCACUAAAUGUGACAAUGUCUGAGGACAAACUCAAGAAAGUGACAGUGUUCGGAGCAGGCCUCCUCGUAGGCACAGCGCUAGCCGUAAUCAUCCCCGAGGGUGUUCGCUCAUUGUUCAGCGAACACUCAGCACCGACAGUUGUCACUAAGGACUUUACGGCACAGCCUCCGACGCAUGAUGAUAAGGAUUUGCACAGUGUUAUUGGGAUUACUCUGGUUCUCGGAUUUGUGUUUAUGCUUCUGGUCGACCAGAUGUCCUCGCGAUACAAUGACACGGGCAACCCUCAGGAGAGGAACAUGACUGCCACUGUGGGCCUGGUGGUGCAUGCUGCCGCUGACGGCGUAGCCCUAGGCGCUGCGGCGACGACGUCCCACCGAGACGUGGAAAUUAUCGUAUUCUUAGCCAUAAUGCUUCACAAGGCGCCGGCAGCCUUCGGACUCGUCACAUUCCUUCUCCACGCUGGCUUGGACAGGAACCGUAUCCGGAAGCACCUACUGAUCUUCUCAUGCGCCGCACCGCUGCUCGCCCUGCUGACGUAUUUCGGCAUUGGGAACGAGAGCAAGCAGACGCUCAGCGACUUCAACGCUACCGGUAUAGCGAUGUUAUUCUCCGCGGGCACCUUCCUCUACGUGGCCACGGUACACGUCUUGCCCGAGCUCACCCAUUCCUCCCACACCCACGCCUUACUAGGGGAGGCGCCAAAAGGUUUCGGGGGCUUGCAGUUCUGCGAGGUGCUCAUAUUGACCGUCGGCGCGUUAUUGCCGGCUCUACUCACUAUGGGACAUGAACACUAGGUAUGGUAUUAGUAUUCGCGGCACGG